AUGGGUGCUGGUCGCAGUAAGAGAGACUUAUCUGAAGAAGAAAUUGAAUUUCUCCUGAAACACACCAAAUAUAAUCAGGCUGCCAUAAAGGAAUGGCACAAAGGUUUCAUUAAGGAUUGCCCUGAUGGUCGCCUUGCAAGGAAGAAGUUCAUAGAGGUAUAUAGUAUGUUCUGCCCUGGGAGCAAUGCAGAAGCAUUUUGUUCCCAUGUCUUCCGUACUUUCGACACAAAUAGAGAUGGGCAUAUUAAUUUCCGUGAAUUUCUUUUGGCUCUGGACAUGACAUCAUCUGCAGUGCCAGAAGAGAAGCUGAAGUGGGCAUUCCAAAUGUAUGAUGUGGAUGGAAAUGGAUACAUAGAAAUUCAUGAAAUGACAGCUAUAGUGGACGCAAUAUACUCUAUGCUGGGAAAAGGCGAGAUCCAGGCUUCAUAUGGAGAUACACCAAAAGAGAGAGCUCAGAAAAUAUUCACCAAGAUGGAUGUGAAUGUGGAUGGGAAAGUAACACAAGAUGAAUUCAUUGGGGGAUGCAUGGAGGACAGUGAAAUACGUCAACUGCUUAGCCAUGGGCUUUCCAGCAAGUAG